GCGCAGACAGGCGAAGCUGCAGAAGGAGUUGGCGGAUGCCGCCAAAGAGCCGCUGCCCGUGGACCCUGACGAUGACAUUGAGGUUUUGGCUGAGGAUGGAGGGAAGGGGGGUGGAGAGACUUCACCUAACAGAGCAGUCAGCAGGACCCCCAGUAAGAUGAGCUCUCAGCCUCCUCCUGGUGGUCUGCGCAUCUCCAUCUCCAACAUAUUUGGACGUCGCCCUGCCGGCUCGUUCAGCUCAUCACCUGAGAACACUGAGGCUCCUUCAGGUGUGUGUGCCGACGUCCGGGUCCCCUCCACUGCCCUGCACGUGUUUGAUGCCCAUGACGGUGAAGUUAAUGCUGUGAGGUUCAGUCCAGGCUCCCGUCUCCUAGCAACAGGAGGGAUGGACCGCAGAGUGAAGCUGUGGGAGGUGGUGGCAGGGCGUUGUGAGCCUAAAGGUGCUCUGACGGGCAGUAACGCAGGGAUCACCAGCAUCGACUUUGACAGCGCUGGGUCAUACCUGCUGGCGGCCUCUAACGACUUUGCGAGUCGGAUCUGGACCGUUGAUGACUACAGACUGAGGCACACUCUGACAGGUCACAGUGGGAAGGUGUUGGCAGCUCGUUUCCUAUUGGACAACGCUCGGAUCGUCUCUGGAAGCUACGACCGAACGCUCAAACUCUGGGACCUGCGCAGCAAAGUCUGUAUGAAGACGGUGUUUGCGGGCUCCAGCUGUAAUGACAUUGUGUGUACAGAGCAGUGUGUGAUGAGCGCCCACUUUGAUAAGAAGGUUCGAUUCUGGGACAUCAGAUCGGAGAGUAUAGUCCGGGAGCUCGAGCUGCAGGGCAGAGUCACAUCUUUAGACCUAAACCACGACCGCAGUGAGCUGCUGACCUGCUCCAGAGACGACCUGCUCAAGAUCAUAGACCUGCGCACCAACGCCGUCAGACAGACGUUCAGUGCUCAGGGUUUCAAGUGUGGAGCAGACUGGACCAGAGUGACCUACAGUCCUGACGGGGCCUACGUGGUCGGAGGAUCAGCUGAUGGCGCUCUGUACGUCUGGAAUGUUCUGACGGGGAAAGUGGAGCGGACUCUAGACCGAAACCACAACUCAGCCAUCAACGCGGUGUCCUGGUCCCCGUCCGGGUCGUUCGUGGUCAGCGUGGAGAAAGGAAGCAAGGCCAUCCUGUGGUCUGACAUGUGAUUGGCUGAUGGAGCUGAGGGGCGGAGUCACAGCAGGACAUGUGUGUGUGUGGGAGAUAUAAAUGAGUCGAUCAGCUGAUCAGUCAGACUGACUUUAUCUUUGUCACGUUUGGAGGACGACUUGUAUACGCCAUCCUGGGACCGCCGCGUCUAUCUCAGCGGCCAUCUUGGAUUAAGGAGGACUUUAAAGAAGCGUAAAGAAGGAGAUGAACGUGACAAACAUUUUAUAAAUAUAUAUGAUCUUAUGACUGUUUAUGUGACAGGUGAUAAACAGAGCGGUUACCAUGGCAACAGAUGGACAAACGCUCUGAAGGACCGCCUCCUCCUCUCCUCACCUUGUCGGAGAAGAGGUAAGGAGGAGAGGAGAUGACUCGUGUGUUUGUGAACUGAUAAAAAAUAAAACACAUCUGUGCUCUUCAUGGUUUAUAUGUCUUUAUAUUUGUUUGGUGGUUCAACCUGUGGCUGUGGUCCUCCUGAGGGCCGCUCAUUAGCUAAUGAUAGCCAAACAACAUUAAUACAGAAGUCAGCAACUAAUUCCUAACAGUCUGUUAGACCUUAAAGCUCAGUAUUUCAAAAUAAAUGUGAGUGUUACGGUUGACCAUC